UUAUUGUUCUUUACUGAUGAUGGCUAUGAAUGUGCUGCAGAGAAUGGGCGCUCCGUCGCUUCCAUCCGUCCUUUUUCGCCGACUGCAUUGGACGGCUAGUGCCGGCUUUCAUGAAACAUGGCAAUAGUCUUUGGGUGUUCUCGGAAGAGCCUUUCGGCAUUGCAGCGUCAUACCUCUGCUGCUAACCGCUGCCUGUAUCUUUGUUCAGCAUUGCUCUGGCCCUCUGGGGUCUGGGCAACGCAGUGGUGCAUGACAGGGUGUUCUUUCAUCUCCUCGGUACCGGUGGAACGCCAGGCUCGCGCCUUUAUCACUACGUCACUCUAUUCGCUGCGCGCAUGCCGUAACUUGUCACUAAAAAUGAAUUUCACCCAGGGUCGCUCUAAUACACUGCCGGACGGGUUCAAUAUAAAUAGCCCUAUGACAUGGUACACUUGGAAAGAAAUGCGUAGGUAUAUCUGCGGUCAAAUGAAUGUGGCUUUUUGCGACGUGCAUACCGGGCUUAUAGUGAACCGGGAGUGGACCAGGGCAUCGGUGGGGUGGAGCAGGCCGGCCACCAGGGGCGACGUCUCCGGGAGCAGCAGCGCGCGCGGGACCAGUUGGUGGAACUGGGUAUAGGAGGUGGUAGCGAUCGUGGGUAGACACGCGUGGCGUGUCGGGUUGGGUGGGACCAGGGCCGCCUGCGCCAGUGAGGAACGAGCGAGGUCGCAAACGAGCGGGCUCCGAGGGAGACGGGCGUGGCGAGCGCUGCUGCACGGGGGUCUGUCGGAGAGAGGAUGGGAUUAUGACGCAAGCGGACGGUCGUCUGUAACGCAGUGCAAGUGUGUAAACGCGAGUAAGGACUGGACAGGCCGUAUACGGCCAAACAUGUGGGCGUGGAACCGUACCAAGGAUUUGUAG